AUUGCAAGUCUAUGUCAAAUCGGUCUUAGCUAUCGACACAAAACUACACAAAAUAAUAUAAUGUUCAAGCUGUGCGUUUUCAUUGCUCUUCUUAGCUUGGCUAUUGCCGCCCCAGCUCCCGUUCCAGUCCCGGCUCCUGGUCUCCUGGCUCCUGGUCUGGUGGCUGCUCCUGGCAUAUGGGGACCCACUCUUGUGGCUGCUUCCCCUCAUGUUGUCAGUGUCGUGCCAAGCGCAAUUUCCCAUGCCGCAAUCACACAAGUUCAUCCAUCGCCACUGCUUGUUAAGAGCGUCCAUGGACUAGGCCCAGUCGUCAUUGGAUAAUCAUGUUUGAAGAAAAGCAACAGCCCUCUCUUCUUCAUACCUAUUCACCCCCAGGUCGUGCCCUGUUUAUACACAAACUCAACAAAAUAAAAAACAAAAAAAAUAUAACUAUUAUUUCAAAAAGGAAACCAUUUCAAGCAAUAAAAUAUUCAUAACGAGUGUUGUAGCGAGCGAAA